UCUAGGGAAUAAUUGAACCAAUAUAUUGGCAACGCCUGUGGUGUCGCUGAAGCGAAUUCUGGGUAAAAUAACGUGUAUCGUGUCAUAUCGUCGCUAUAAAAUUUCAUCGAUAUUGAAUAUUUCUCUUCGAUACUAGCUACUAAUCAAGUGUCGUUUACAGACUUAUAUCUACGUGCCUGCUUCUACCGUAGCAGUGAAGACGGAUUAACGAUGAUUGAUCUUACGGUAAAGACUUUGGAUUCACAAAAUCAUGCUUUCUCCUUAGAAGAUGAUCAAAUUACUGUUCGAGGUUUUAAAGAAUAUAUAGCAGAGACAGUGGCAGUACCAGCAGAUUCGCAAAGACUUAUUUAUUGUGGUAGAGUUCUUCAAGAUGAGAAAAAAUUAAAUGAUUAUGAUGUUAAUGGAAAAGUAAUUCAUUUGGUACAACGUGCACCACCUCAACCUGGUCAACGUGGAAAUGAUGGAGGUCAAGGUCAGGGUCAGAAUCAAGGAUCACAAGUGUGGCAAAAUCCGCAAAGAACACAUUAUCGGCUUACACGUGCUCAAAUGCAUGGUAAUGCUAUGUAUUUGGGUGCAAUGUCAGUACCAGCUGAAAUUGUGGAAGGACAUGGAUUACCAGUGCCUCAAUUUAGUAACAGUUUGUCUAAUGGUCGAUUAAUUGCUGCAAGACAUAUGCUUGAACGUGCAGACCGACUUAUGGAUCGAAUUGAAAGUCCUUCUGUAAAUCCUGUAAAUUCUUCUGCAUCUGAAAAUAAUCGACCACCUUUAAGUCAAUUAAUGCAGGAAUCAGAAUUAGAUACAGAACAAUAUCUUUUCAGUAAUAAUGAAAAUGCAACAAAUGGUGGUGCUCGAUUGGCAGAAGCUGCUGCAGCUGCAAUAGCAGCUGCCUUAUCUGCAGCUGGAGCAAAUAAUGUUACAUUACUUAGAGGAAAUAGUGAUGAAAACGGUGAAUCAAGAUCUGCAAAUGAGACUGUAAAUGAAGAAAAUCAAUCAGAUCCACAACAAUCACAAGAAUCACAACAAGCUCAAUCUGAACAACAAGGUUCUACAUCAAAUAAUGAUGAACAAUCCAAUCGACGAUCAUCAGUACAACUUCCGCGACCACCACAAUUAGCAGAAUUAUUGGAAUUGUUACUCGAUACUCAAACUCGAUUACGACCUCAUAUAGAACGUUAUCGUAAACUUAUGCGUGAUGAUCCUUCAUUACCUCCAGGAGGAAGACUUGUUACUGAAAAUCAAUCAUUUGUGGAUGAUGUUAGUGAAUGCUUACAUUAUAUGUCACAUGCUUGCCAUGCUUUAAGUGACAUAAUUGUCGAUAUGAAUCAGGCACCGCCAAGAAAUUUGCGAUGCAGACCAAUUAUUAUUCAACAUUCAGCUAUUUUGCAGCCCGGUAUACCAAUCCAGGUAGAGGCACAUAUUAGCUUACACGGACGUAAUGCAAAUAAUAAUAAUGGUAACGAAGAAAACGGAGAAUCUGCAAGUACACCUACACAAUUAGAAACAAAUGAGGCUAAUACUGAGGAUUCUAAUCAACAACAAGAAUCCGAAUCUGGUGGAGUUCAACAACAAGCUGAACAGCAACAGCAACAACAACAACAACAACAACAACCACCACCAUUAGAUUCAACACAAUCUCCAUUUGGUACAGUGUUUAAUUUACCAAACAAUGUUGAAGUAUUAAUGGAAGUCAGUCCUGAAGGAAAUAUAGAUGCUACACCUGGAAAUGAACAAAAUCAAGCUGGUGAAAAUAAUAACAAUAGCAACAAUAAUAAUAAUAAUGGUGGAAGAGCAAGUGGUGGUCCAUUUUCCUGGGGUUCAGCUCCUCCGCCUGAUUUUAUACGAAAUUUGAUGCAAGCUGUUGCUGGUCAUAUGGUACAAGGUGGUCCGGCUAAUACAAGAAUUAUAACCCGAAAUCCUUUAACAGUAAGUCAAUUAACUGUUGCAUCACUUGAUAGUGGAAACACAAAUGCUGGACAAAGUACACAAGCACGAAGCAAUGUUGGUACUCAUCCUACUACAGCAACACAAACUAGAAGUACAUCACGUCCACACGUAUUUCAUCAACAAACUCAUCCUUUAGGUGUUGGCAUGAGUAUUGGUCAAGCAUUUGAUUUUGAUCCAUUCCUUUCUUGCAAUUCACAUCAUAUUCGUCGCACAACAACUGCAACUUCUAGUACUGUUACAUCUAUGUCACAAGGAACACGAACAAAUCAAACUACGGCUGAAACACAAUCUCAAACACAAACAGCCACGACUUCAAGUACUACUAGCAAUACUAGCUCUACAAAUACUACAGCAUCAACAACAUCACAGACAAAUGCAAUUGAUGAUCCUUUACUGUAUUGGCAACAAAUUUUAAGAGGUACAGUUGGUCAACCACAAUCCAAUGUCAAUACUAAUAUUAAUACUACAACUUCAAGUGCUACUAGUAAUACUAGCUCUACAAAUACUACAGCAUCAACGACAUCACAAACAAAUGCGAUCAACGAUCCAUUAUUGUACUGGCAACAAAUUUUAAGAGAUUUUAAUUCAUCCGAAGUGGGCGAUUUACCAUAUGGUAAUAUGGUGCAAAUACGUACUGGUGGAAAUAUUCGCGUGGGUAUUAUUGGAAAUGGGACAGGUAAUUCUGCUGGAGAUGAUCUAACUCUUGCAGAUUUACUAGAACGUAGAGGUAUUCAAAUGAGUCUUUUUACGUCUCAAGAUUCUUAUAGUGCAGAAAAUUUCCUCGUGAAUUUAUCUGUACUAGUGGUGCAGAAUUUGACAUUAGUGGAUUUAAUAAGAUUACGAAUUGGUCAAUCUGAACCAAUUUCUCAUCUUAGAAGACCAUUGCAAGAAUUCUUUCAAUAUUCUUUCCCAAAUGUUCCAACAGAAAGACUUCAGGAACAAGCUACAGAACGAUUCUUGUCACAAUUAAGACCACAUUUCCAGACUCUUUUAAGCACAGAAGAAGAUGCUAAUACUAGAAAUGGUUCACGUGUAGACAUUUGUGCUACUGUUGAAGCGUUAAUUCGUCGUCAUAUCAAAGAUAUAUUACAAUGUGUAUUUAAUAAUGAUAUUGAUGACGCAAGAUUCGGACAAGAAAUUUUUAAUAUUGUGAAUAAUAUGGGAAGGCAAUUAUGUGCAGUACUUCGAUAUUCUAUUCGUGGUGGACAGGCAGGAUUAGAAGUACUUGCAUCACGUUUCGUGAGUGAAAUGUUGGAAAAUAUUCGUCCAACAGUAAGUCGAUGGAUGCUGAACAUAUUUAUUGUUCAGUUUCGUACUUAUUCUUUACGAGUUACACAGCCUCCAGAUUCAGAAAUUCUUCCACUUUUAAUAUAUAAAGAUGCACCUUCUGAAGCAACAACGGUAUCUUCUGUCCCAGCACAUCAAUCUUCACAAUCACAAUCUGAAGUAGAGCCUAUGGAAACGGAAACAAUACAAGAAAGAACAAAUUUUGAAGCAUCUUCUUUAUCCGAAGAUAGAGAAGAAAUUCCAGAAACGUUCCCAGGUCAUGAAGCAUUACCUUCAGAUUGGGUACCAAUAAUUGCUCGAGAUGGAUUAAGGCAACGACGUCAACUACAAAUGCAAGGAAUAACAAAUGGUGGUGUAGCGACAUUUAGUGACGCUUAUUUAGGUACACUACCUACUAAACGACGUAAGCUUAUUGAACAACAAAAGCCACGAUUAUUAGUUAGUCCUACUCCCAAUCAUUCAGCAAUAGCGGCGUCUAUGGAACGUUUAGUGAGAGAAGGUGUAACUCGAGCAGGUGUUGAGGAAGUUGAAGGUGCUGCAAUUGCUGUAGCUGUUGAUCCUGGUGUUAGACGUGCAUUUGGUCAAGCAAUUAGAGACUGCUUGAAUCCACAUAGAUUUGGAACACCAGAUUUUCCAGAUCCUUUGCGUUUCCCUAAUGCAACAAAAUAUUUUGCUGAUCAAGAUAGGCCACCAAAAUAAUAAUUACAAGGAGAAAGCAAUUCGUAAUGGCUUAGAGUAUUUAUAAAGGAGAAACCAGGUAGUGUUUAAAAAAAAUGUAAGAAAUUGCAAUGACCAAGGAAUACAAAGAUAUAUUCUUAACAUAUAACCACAAAUAUUACUAUGAUUAUGUAUAUGUUAAUUUAACGCAAUGCGAUGAUUUUGAUAAAUCUGAGAUGUUUUCAAGUAUCAUAAUAUUAUACACUAUUUGUUUAUUCAAUGUAGUUUUACAAAAUAUUAUUGACUUCUUAAUACAUGAAUAUAUAUUAAAUAAUUAAUAUACACACAUUAUGCGUUUCUAUAUAAUUAAAAAUUACUGAAGUUUGGCUACACUUGUUCUCUCCCAUUGUACUCUAAGCAUCAAGAGUGAGCCCGAUAUGAUACUAUAAUUAAAAUACUUCUUUCAUAUUAAACUGCGUUUUCUGUAGAAUUAUUGUUAUUCAAAUGAACUGUAUUAUUCUUAAUCAAAUGACACCUGUAUAGAUAUUAUACAGGUGAUAAUAUGUAUUAUCUUGCGACCUAUGCAUAUUGUGCGCUGUUUUAAGUGUUAUCGAUAUUAAAAUAUCUUUCUAAUAUCGAUGAUACUAUCAAUCGAUAUUAAUUGUACUAACUUGUAGUUAAAUAUUCGAUUUGAGGAGAAAGAAAAGGAAACAAAUAUGGAGUCAUUCACUGUGGUAUUUAAAAAAAUGGAAAUUAAUCAGACGCGAUUUAAUACGUCCCAAUGUAAUCACGAAUUAUCUAAGGCUAUAGUUUAUACCACAUGCUUUGUUGAAUAAUACGUUAUAAUCUUUAUCCAAGUAAUGUGUCUUUUUGUAAUUUAUGUAGAUAAUUGAUUUUGAUUUUGAAUAAUUAGAAAGCGGAUUUUUUAUACGCAUCAAGAUAUUAUAUUUUAUGUACAAUUUGGUAAUCUAUGAAAUAUUAUUUUAAUUUCCGUACAACUGAAAUCCAUCAAUUUUAGACAUGAAAAAAGAUCAAAUAGCCUAAUACAAAGAAUAGAUAAUUCCAAAUUAUACGUUCGUAUUAAUGUUAAGGAAUAUCGUGUAUGAAUAUUUGAUAGAUCGUAUAUAAUGUUAAUAAAGUAAUUGAAGUAGUUUCACGUGAAUAUGAU